AUGGCGGUAAAAGAAUCGCAGUCCGUCGCAGCAAGCAACAAGCCCGUCAGAGUCCGCCCAGCAAGCGCCAAGGAUGCUGGUCGCAUUGCAGAACUCGGGGCCCACGUCUUCACAGUGACUUUUGGCCACUCGGUCGAGCCACACGAAUUAGAAGCUUUUCUCGAGGAAUCUUACACUUCAUCGGCUAUUACGAAGGAUAUAAACGACCAUGACAAGGAUGUGAUAGUCGCGACCGAUGCGAAUAAUAACAUCCUUGGCUUUGCGUACCUCACGCGGGGAAGUACUGAACCUUGCGUCCAACGUGUUAAGAAUACAGUCGAACUUCAGCGCAUCUACGUCCACCCUUUAGCACACGGAAAAGGAGUUGGGCGCUCCCUGGAGAGAGCAAUCGAGAACAUGGCACGAGAACAAGGCUUUAAGAACAUCUGGCUUGGGGUCUGGGAAGAGAACUGGAGAGCAAUCAAGGCAUACGAAAAAUGGGGAUACACUCAAGUGGGGGAUCAUGACUUUGUUAUUGGGACGGUGGUUCAGACGGAUAAUAUCAUGCUUAAGGCUUUAUAA